AUGGCAUACUCCCCCUCAUACCUCGCCCUCACCAUCGCCUCAAACCACUCCCUCUCCAUUCUCGCCAACAUCUCCUCUGCCGUUUCUCCUCCUCCUUCUUCUUCCCCAUACUCUUCUUCCUCCCUAAUCUCCCCCUCCUCAACCUCCUCCACCUCCUUCUCCCUCACCACCCCCUUCCCUCUCCUCUUCUUCAAAGACCCAGAGGGUAAUAUUUCCUCACACCCCCUAAGACCAAUAAACCUCCCAAACCUCCUCCUCUUCACCUCCAACCCCACCUCCUCAUCCCGCACAUACCCCUUCGCACCACCACCAUCCCUCCUAAUCCACGGCUGCACAAUCCUCACCGGAUACCAGAACGUGCCGCGCACCGGCGGAUCCACCUGA